AGCAGUGGGCACGCUUUGCUCCGCUGCCCAUGGCCGCUCGUUCCGCCCCUUCGCCGCGUGUACGCCUCCCCUCCUCCUCUCCAAAACCAAACUCCGCCGAGAAAUUUCAAACUCCACUGCAGCACGACGUCUAGCUCGGCUCGCUCCCGACUCCCGAGCGAAGCGGCCAUGGCGAUGGCGGCCUCCUCAGCGCUGCAGCCCGAGCGCUGCCUCCUCCCGCUCGCCGGGCCCCGCCGCCGCCACCAGGCCCUCCGCGUGCUCCCGCCGCGCCUGCCCGUCCUCCCGCACCGGCGCCGCGGGGCCGUGACGCGGUUCUCCUCCAGGGAAGGCGGGGGCGGGUCCGCGGGCGCCGUGGAGAAGCGCUCCGUGGUCCCGGAGGUCGCCGCGGAGAGGAAGGGGGGAGGGGAUGUUGAAGAGGAGGAGGAGGGGGUGACGGCGGUGGCCGGGCCGCUGGAGCUGCGGUGGCCGCCCUGGGAGGGGCUGCCGGAGCGCUACAGGCUCAUCGGCGCCACUUCUCUCGCCUUCGUCAUCUGCAACAUGGACAAGGUUAACUUGAGUGUUGCGAUUAUUCCAAUGUCACAUCAGUACGGUUGGAGCUCAUCGACUGCUGGCCUGGUUCAAUCAUCAUUCUUUUGGGGCUACGCUUUGAGUCAACUACCUGGGGGCUGGCUGGCAAAAUUGAUUGGUGGAAGGACAGUGCUUAAGGCCGGUGUGCUUGUGUGGUCUUUGUCCACAGCUGUUAUUCCUGUUGUAGCAGGAUUCAUGCCAGGACUUGUGCUAUCAAGGAUUCUGGUAGGCAUUGGAGAAGGAGUCUCACCAUCAGCAGCUACAGAUUUAAUUGCACGGACCAUUCCUCUUCAAGAAAGAUCAAGAGCGGUUUCUGUUGUUUUUGGUGGUUUAGCCUUUGGAAGUGUCUUAGGACUUCUGUUCGCCCCUCCCAUCAUUCAAAACCUUGGCUGGGAAUCUGUCUUCUACAUAUUUGGUCUUCUUGGAAUUAUAUGGUGUCUGGUGUUUGAAUCUGUGCAAGAACUACAGCCAGGUGACAAAGAAGACAUAUCAAAUCUUGAAAAUACUUCUGCUGGAUCUAAUGGCCAGGUCUCAUCAUCUGUGCCUUCAAAGUCAUCGGACUCAUCACUUGAGGAGAUUACAGACUCACUAAAGGAUGUGCCUUGGGGGGAAUUCUUUAAAAGCAAGGCAGUGUGGGCAAUGAUAUACACUCACUUUUGUGGAAGCUGGGGCCACUAUACUUGCUUGUCUUGGCUUCCAACAUUCUUUAGUGAGGAGCUAAACUUGAACUUGACAGACGCUGCAUGGGUGUCAAUUCUUCCUCCUUUGGGCUCAAUGGUUAUUACAUCUAUUGCAGCACCUUUUGCAGACAACUUGAUAUCAAGUGGAGUUGACACCACAAAGGUGCGGAAAAUAUGUCAAGCAAUUGCGUUUCUGUCACCUGCAGCUUUUAUGAUGCUUUCCUCUGUUGAUCUUGGACUGCCUCCCUGGGUAGUUGUUGCUUUCCUUACAGGUGGUAUAUCACUCUCCAACUUCGCAUUAUCAGGUCUUUAUUGCACCCAUCAAGAUAUAUCUCGUGAAUAUGCAAGCAUUCUCCUGGGAAUCACAAACACCGUAGGGGCCGUGCCAGGAAUCGUCGGCGUCGCUCUAGUUGGCUAUCUUGUUGACACGACUCAUUCUUGGAGUAUGUCGCUCUUUGCUCCUUCGAUCUUCUUCUACUUAACUGGCACCGCCGUCUGGUUGACAUUCGCCAGCAGCGAGCCCCAGGAUUUCAACAAGUUGGCGUCGGAGUCGUUAACAGAGGGCAAUCAGUAGUCAAAGGACCAUUCAGAAAGGAAAUCCGUUGGGAGUUUAGCUCACCCAGCCCAGCAAAUUUAUGGAGCUCCUGGGCACUGGAUAGACUGGUAGGAACAAGUAGACAGUGUGUUGUACAUGCCGCAUGGGCAUCCAGAUACGGUAGAUAACUCUAUAUUGUAUAGGCCUUUUCUGCAGUGCAUGUAUGUUUAGUUCUAUUAGAAUGGGCAUCCAGAUACGGUAGAUAACUCUCUAUAUUGUAUAGGCCUUUCCUGGCACAAUUUUGGAAUGAAGUGAUGAAGUGCCUGUCGCUGUUUUCCAUUGA